AUGGGCACUGUCAACCCAAUUUCUCUUUCCGGUGAUAGUCCGCUUCUACCUCUAUUGAACUGGCUAGGCUCAACAGGGAUUGGUGUGAUAUUAUGUGCGGUAUCGCUACUUUUGUUGCUUUUCCUCCUCGACACCACCGAUGUGCCGUAUAUUCGCGGUCUAUCGUCAGCACCUGGAGUCCCUAUCUUCGGCAACCUUAUACAAUUGGGCGUCGAACACCCCAAGCGUCUGGCAGAGCUGGCUAAGAAACAUGGGGCUGUUUAUCAAAUGAGAUUGGGAAACAAAAGAUUUGUUGUGGCAAAUUCGUUUGAGACUGUCAAGGAACUCUGGAUCAGGAACCAAUCCAAUCUCAUCUCUCGUCCCAAGCUUCACACAUUCCACAAUGUGUUAUCAGGAUCAGAGGCCUUCACUAUUGGUACUUCACCAUGGGAUGACUCCUGCAAGCGCCGCAGAAAGGCCGCCGCAACAGCAGUGAACAGACCCUCCGUGGCUUCAUACAUGCCUUUGAUUGAUCUGGAGUCGCUAGUGAGUAUUAGAGAGCUUGUCGACCAGGUCCGUGGGAAGAAAGGUCAGGUCGACCUCAAUCCCUACGCUUUGUUUCAGCGUCUUGCACUGAACCUUAGUCUGACACUGGGCUAUGGCUUCCGUAUCGAUGGGGACUCUGGAGACCAGUUGUUGACAGAGAUUGUCAAUGUCGAGCGCGGUAUUAGUACUCUUCGCAGUACAAGCAACAAUUGGCAAGAUUUUGUCCCCAUGUUAAGGAUUCUUCCCAAGGGAAACGAUCGUGCCGCAGACUUACGAAUUCGCCGUGACGUAUAUCUCGAGUUUCUUUUGAAAAGACUGAAUGAUCGCAUUGCUCAAGGGACUGACAAACCUUGUAUCACUGGAAAUAUCUUGAAAGACCCGGAUUAUAAGCUAAACCACGCCGAGAUCAAAUCAAUUUGUCUGACAAUGAUCGCUGGCGGUCUUGAUACAACCCCGGCAUGUAUUCAAUUCGGCACUGCCAUGCUCUCUGGACCCCAAGGCAAAGAACUACAGGGAAAACUGCUAGAUGAAAUCAAUACGGUUUAUCCGAACAACGAUGCAUGGCAAAAAUGUCUCGAAGAAGAGAAACUCGAGUAUAUGUCCGCUUUCUGCAAAGAAGUCCUUCGAUUUUGGACAGUCAUUCCCAUGUCCCUUCCACGAGUUAGUGUCAAGGAUAUGGACUAUAAAGGCGCACUCAUCCCAGCCGGAACAACCUUCCUUAUGAACGCCUGGGCGGCUGAUUAUGACCCCGAGCAAUACGAAUCCCCACGCACAUUUGCCCCCGAACGCUUCCUCAACAUGGCCGAAGGAUCAGGAACGUUGCACUUUGCAUUCGGAGCUGGAUCUAGAAUGUGUACAGGCUCGCAUCUGGCGAUGCGUGAGAUGUAUGUCACAUUCGUGCGGUUGGUGGUCGCUCUCGAGGUACUACCAGCACAUGAUCCCGCUCGACGGCCUAUUUUGACAGGUCCACUUGAGGCUAAUGCAAAUCCCUCUGGCCUGUCUAUUGAGCCGAAGGACUUUGAUCUUGGAUUUAAGAUCAGGAAUGAGAGACUGCUGGAUCAGUUGCUUGAACAGUCUGCAAAGGCCACGGAGCAUUUGCUUGAUUGA